AUGAUCAUAGGUUCAACAUUUCGGUCUAGAUUUGGUAGUACUUUAGAGUCACACCAGAUAGAUGAUGAUUAUUCGACACCAAUAGACGAAGCAGAAUCAAACACAUCUUCAUCACCACAUCCACUACUGAAUUCACAUACAUCUUCACCUUCUCUUUCACAGCAGAAAUGGCUACGUCAAGCAAGGCACUCCCAUACGACCUCAGGAUCACAGAGUGCAGACCUAUUGGCACCACGCGGUUUAACCGAAGAUAACGAAGUACAUCCACAACAGCAAAGCUCAUCAAAUCUACAACACCGAGCUUCAUAUACUAGUCUCACCCAAAACCACGCUUACUUCGAUGAACUACAAUUUGACCCUGAAGAGCCGGUUCCCACAUACGAAACAUCACAGCUAAUGCAUCAGAACAACCAAACUCCACAACAGGAGCUUGAAACAACUCAAUACUUAUCAGUGGAUCCUCAGAUUACUGCACGAGAGCUACCGGCUGGACUUGCGUCGCACUUGUAUACCCCUAUUCCGUCACUUCCUAUACCGAGAACUUCGUCAAUGUUUAUCCUGGAUUCCAUAGAGUCAUCGCAAUCGACAACACCAAACAUAUUGCAGCAGCAACAGCUACAGCAACAACAAUUGGGGGCAUCUCACACCCUGCAUCACUCAUCAUCAACAAGCACACCGUCCACCAGUUUGCAAUUGCGUAACAAGUUCAAACAAACUUCAAUCAAGAGAUUAGGCUUGAAAUUUCUAAAUGCUAGACAACAUUUCUUAUUAGCGUGCUGUCGUGAUAUAUCUUUAAUACCACCUUUAAUCGGGCUAUACCAAUCUUGGAAACGUAUUUAUCAGGACGACGAUUUACAAGACUUGGCAUCAUCGUACAAGAUCACAACGGCAAGAGGUCUGGAACAUUUUCUCACCGGUGUUUGGUGCAUUGUUGCUGCUUAUUUAUCCUAUUCAAUUCUUGAUUCUUUGUUAGUAAGAUGGAUCAUUACAUACUCAACGUCGGCUGCAAUUGUGCGCGUAUUGUCCAUGUCCACAAUCAUGAUUACUUGUGAGUUAUACUUGGUCAGCACUUUUAGCGCGGAUGGGUACAAAUAUGGCCUACAUAUCUGGAUUCUAAUAAGUUGUAUUCUAACACUUACCUAUAUUGUGCAGAAUUUUGUCACCCUGAAUUUGCAACUUGAACAUCAUCAUAACAAUAUUCAGCAACAGGAACCAAUGAGAGGUGGUGAGACAGAGGUAAGCACUGAGAUGAAUUCACUGUCUCAGAGAAGUGUCAAUGGGUCAGGGCAUGGCAAUACUUCCAGUCGUAAUAAUGUCAAGCACCACAAUCAGAUGAGGACCAAAAAACCUAGACGGUUUUUUGACUUUUACAACAUUGUGGUUUUCGCUGUGGUACCCGUAGGACUAGCAAGUUUUGUCACAAUGAUUGGACUACUCAGAUCCCUAUUGAUAUUGAGAAUUGAUGUCGAUCAAGUAAUGAAGACGGCGGUGAGUUGA